ACUCCAAUUUACUAUACUUUCUCAAACGUUUCUUGAAAACAUCUGUAAUCAUCUCAAAAUAUUAAUUAGCCUCUAUUAAGGAUUAAUAUCAAGAUUUUGAAUUAAAAAGAAAAAAAAGGAAGAGAAGGGAUCAGGUGUGGUGUGGUGUAGGGUAUGAAAUUCUUGCUAGAGCUCGUCGUGCCUUGUUUCGGUUCGCAGCAGCUCCACCAAACCGACGCAAACGCGGAUGAUUCGGUUUCCGACGAAACGCAGUCGCUAAUGAAACAGCGAAGGCGGCGGAAACGCGUUAGAGUUGCGGGUCAACCGGGACAGGUGGCAGAGUGGAGACCGUCCCUUAGCGUGAUAUCGGAGCACAAGCCGGCGAUUACGGAGAAAUCGGAAAAGGUGGAAGAAGAGAGGAAAGUACGUCGGAAAAGUGAAGGCGGCGGCGGAGAAGCGUCGUCUCGAUCCGGUGGUGGUCAUGUUCGUUUCCGCAGUGACGAUUUUGGGAGAAAUGCUUUCGAACCAGUAAUUCCGGCAUUCUCACCAACUCCGUUCAUGUUUUGAGUUUCAGUUGUGUCUUGUGAAGUUUAAUCAAAUUAAUGGAAAGAUGUAGCAUUAAUGUAUAUAUAUUUCUUUGAUAGUAUAAGAAAUAAAAAAGUCACCGAUUACCGAUGUA